GCAGUCGAUCAGCUCAGUGAAUUAGCCGCCAGUUAUUUACUAGACUUCUGAAUAAUAGAAAGCGUAAUGCAACUUAUAGGCAAAUAGAUUUUCACUUUCCUAUGAAAAUGUUGCAUAAUUUAAAACAUAGUGGUGAUUUAGUUAUAGGAUCUAUCAAUAUCCCAAUAUAGGUUCAAUCUUGGUCUUCUGAACCAUUAACUCCUAUUGAAAUAACGGGUUUAUCCUUUUACCAGCCAUCUCAAAUACGCUGUUAAUUAAUUUUUACGAGAUAAUGUUUUCUUCACAUUAAUGAAAUAUAAAACAAAAGACGGAGAAAUUUUCCUUUUAAAAUGUUUGGCGAUUAUGUCUACGGAUACACUGUUAGUUUGGCAGAGGAAUACGGACGGUUAACUGUCCAUUACUAAAUAUCGAUGAGUGAUGCAACGGCAUGGCAAAUUGAAUUUAGUAUUUCUAGGGAAGUGUACACAAUAAUUUUACAGACCAAUGGACACAGGAACAUAUAGUUUAUUUAUCUGGAAUCGUGUACAGUGAUUUAACAGUCGGAUAAACAAAAGACAAACAUUUCUGUUUAGAUGGCUGUUAGUUAUUAACAGUCUUUAUAUCGUAAUGGAUUUACUUUCUAUGAAGAGAUGAGGGUUUGAUUUUAUAUCACUGGAUAAAGAUAAUUUCCAAUUGGCUUUGUUCUUAAUUAAUACAAUGGAUUGGGACAAAGUAUAUUUUUGUUCUUAUCAAUAUUCUGGAUAAAUGUUAGAAAUACUACACACGCCCUUAUUAACUAAAAGUAUGAAGAUGAUGAUGUAUCGAGCAGUAUUUCUAUUAUUUACAGCCCCAUGGUGUGUGGGUAGAAUGAGACAUAGCAGAAACCAGAGAUCUUGCUAUGAUGAUAUUGUAGAAUUAACAGAAGAAGACAGAUUAAUUCAUAAAAAAUUAAAACAAUAUGAAUACCGAGGAACCUUAAGUAGACCAGUAGAAAAAUUCACCGAUAUCAUUAAAAUAGAAUUUGGCUUACAGUUGAUACAAAUAAUCGACUUAGAUGAGAAGGAACAAGUUUUGACACUGAAUGUCUGGGUAGAUCAUAAAUGGCAUGACAAAUAUCUUACAUGGAACGUUUCUGAAUAUAAAGGUGUAACAGAGCUUCACCUGCCGCCUUCAAAAAUAUGGACCCCCGAUAUCAAAUUGUAUAAUUAUGCUGAUAAACGAAUAUCAGAGUACAGGGAUGCAUUAAGUAUCGUACAACAUACUGGAGAUAUAACAUGGCUACCACAGGCUGUAUUUAGAAGUCAGUGUAACAUAGAUGUUGGGACGUUUCCGUUUGAUAAACAAACCUGUACGCUUAAGUUUGGAUCAUGGACUUACAAUGGUAAUCAGCUCGAUUUACAGUUUAAAGGUGGACAAGCAAAUUUUACCUUGGCAGACUAUACAGAAAGUAAUGUGUGGGAAAUAAUCGAAGCUCCGGCAGUACGCCAUGAGAUGACUUAUGUCUGCUGCGAUUAUCCGUUCAUAGAUCUAACCUUUACACUAGUGAUACGAAGGAGAGCAACGUUUUAUGCAAAUAUAUUGAUAUUACCCUGUGUGUUAUUGACCUCCUUAACGUUAGUUUUGUUUUGGAUCCCACCAGAAUCUCCGGCAAAAAUGAUGCUUGGGAUGAGUAUUUUCAUGGCGUUCUUCGUUCUUAUGUUGUUGUUUGAGGCUAAUUUACCACCGGCCGCAGUGCGUGUACCUAUCUUAGGUACAUACUACUGCUUGAACAUGGUGUUGAUUACACUUUCAUCUUUCCUUAAUGUUUUUGUUGUUAAUAUGACUUUCUUUGGAGCCCGCGCACCUGUCCCUUAUGCACUGAAAAGGAUAAUGUUCACAUGGGUAGCCAGGAUGUUAUGUAUGGAAAAUCUAGUGUUACCUUUUAUGAACGAUGGAGAAAUGGCGUGUUCUUCAAAACCACAUUUUAUGGGAGUCAAUAGUGAAAAUAAAUGGUCCAAUGAUUGGAGGGGAUCCAACGAAUGUUUAUUAACAGUACAAAAAGACAUAACAGACAACAGCUCACAACUAGCACAAAUACAUGCUAAAGUUGCUGAAAUACGAAACUUUCUCAAAUUAUACAAAGAACGACUUGAAGAAAAAGAUAGAAAGGAAAAAGUAACGAGAGAAUGGAAAGCACUAGCUUUAGUUUUUGACAGAAUAUUUUUCAUAAUUUACUUAACGACCAUCGUAGUAUCAUUAUCAAUUGUUAUAGUGUUUAUUUUCUCAAGCUGAAGUUUUGUUGUGAUAAUUCCUAAAUUAGUACACUAUGGCAGGAUGAAUAUCAAUUGACUGAUACAAUAAUAUGGGGCGUUAUGGUUUCAGGUAUCAAUUCCUUAAAUUAUAUCAAUGUUUCUAAAAGUUUAAGUUGGUUUACGCGAUUCUUGUAACUAAAGACAUGUUUAUUAGUUUUUUUUUUAGACAUUUGAAUCAUGGUGACGGAUUUGAAAAAAAAACCUAUUAUUUUCAUUUGACAGUGUGUUUCAAUGAAUUUCUAAAAUCGUUUUCACGUAAAAAUCUGUAAAGAUAUUCGUCAAAAAACAAAAUAAAUGAAGGUAGGAAUUGAAUAACUACGUCUUUUAUGGUUUGUCAGGGAAAAAGUUACACUCGAAAUAAAGAAUAAAAUAUGCUUUAAACAGUAGAUAUGAGAUACAAAGGACAUCUUGUUAUGUUUAAAUAGUGCAUCCUUCCAUAGUGUACAUAUCUUUAGGAAUACGGGAUCAAAACUAUGAACCAUUCCCAGUUUGUUAUUAUGCAUAAUGUUAUUGUUAACAGAAGUGUCCUUUACCGACAGAAGUAUUUAUUAUUCAUAUCACACUACAGUAAAACAUUUAUUAUUCAUAUCACACUACAGUAAAACAGCCUGACAAUUUGUGAAAUUUGUAUUGUUUCCACUUUAACUGUAUAUAUACACAUGCACAACACCAUUCCACAACGCCAUUAAAAUUGCACUGGAAAAUUUUAAUUUUUCACAUUGUAAAUAUUUCAGGUUUUCAAGGCUGUAUUUUAUUAGAUGUUUUACGAUGCACGAAAAGUUGAGAGUAAAUUAAUUAUGAGGUAAUCCGAAAUCCUGGAAUAGUGUUAUAUUAUUUUGUCAUAAUGUAGAUGGAAGAUCAAUUAUUACAUUUUAAAAGGUUCAAUUAUAUAAAGAAAUUGAUCUAUUUAUAAUGAGAAACGCACUAAAUAAAUGUUUGUAUCCCACUUUUUUGUGGUCACGGGAUUGAAUUAUUGGAAGAGUUUUCCUAUUUAUUUCUUGAUAUUAUAUAAUAUGCUAUAACGGUGCAACUCUUUUCUUUAACUUCUAACUAGUGGAAAUUUAAACACUAUACACACCUUUAAAACUCAAAACAAAAGAAUGUUUUUAUAGUCACUGAUGUAUGCCUCAGUUUCAUGAUUUCUAGAUCGUGAAUAUUAUUGUAUUUGUAUUGUAUUAUUUUAAAAAUGUCUGUUGUAGUUUCAGUUUUGUUUUCACUACAGGAUGGCAGGUUCCGGGAUAAUCAAAAAUAUAAUAUUACUAUCAUGCACAGAAUUAUCCACUAUUAACAAAAAAAGGGGCUUCAUUAUAAAAGUUUUAAAUUACAUUUCGUACUUCAAAACAAGAUGAUAAAAGUGAUUAGAAAAUAUAGAAAAAGUGAUUAGAAAGUAUAGUAAAAGUGAUUAGAGAAUAUAAAUGCAUAACAUGAUUGCAUGCUACCUGUUGUUCAUUUACAUUAUUUUAACGAAGGAACAAUGUUUGAUGUCUAAUAAUUGUUAGUUAAAUUAAAUUCUGUACCCAAUUAGCCCAUAAAAUAGAAAUUAAGUCUUAGUUUUAUAUAAGAUGCUGCCUACGUCUUCCACAUAGGUUACUACCUUUUCAAUAAUUUAUUGACUUUGCAUGAUGUAACUUCAUUAGAUCAUUUUUGCCUACUUGAAUAUAAGAUAUUGUGAUGAAAAUAUAGUGUCGCCAUUGACUUUUUGCCUUUAACACUUUGGUUUUUUUUUUAUAUUAUUUUACAUCUAAAUGGGAUAUAUCUAUUUGGUAUGCUAAGAGCUAUGUAGUAGAUUUGACUGGCAGUACAAAAACGUGGAUUUAAACAAACAUAUAAAUUGUUAGACAUUUGCAGCUUAAAAAUAAACAAAAUAAUCUACAUUAUUGACCUGUACAAACAAUUGAAAAAAAAGUCUAAAAUGAUUUUUUGAAAUUGGAAGACAGGAAUUGAUAUUAAAUGAAACCCAACGAAAUGAGACGAUUUGUUUUACAUACAAAUAUAAAGAUUUGUUAUGAUUGCCAAUGUGACAAUUAUACAACAUUAAACAACGAACUAGGAUCAAGACAACUACAGGUCAGCGUAGGUCUUUCAAUAAUAAGUAAAACAACUACAGGUCAGCGUAGGUCUUUCCAUAAUUAGUAAAACAACUACAGGUCAACGUAGGUCUUUCAUUAAUAAGUAAAACAACUACAGGUCACCAUGGGUCUUUCAAUGAUAAGCAAAAACAUACGAUACAGUAAGGUAUGCUAUAAAAGAUUUCACAAUAGAACUAUCUACCUGAUAUGAAUAAAUAUCAUUAAACAUCAAACAACUGACCGCAACCAGUGAUCACUACUGGACUACAGGAUUCUGCCGUUGAAAUGGGACAUUGAGAAUAUAGCCAUUGUAAUCCUGUUUGAGAGCGCUUUAUUUAUUUACUUUAGUUAGAUUAGCAUAUCAGGUGCUGCUUGAAGUUAUAUCAUACAAUAGGAUAUGAAGUUUAUAUUACAGUUAAUUGUGAGUCACUAAACUAACUCUUAAGCUAGUAUUUUAAAAUUAUGUAGUGCUUUCUCAAUUUCAUAGCCAAAACACAACACAAUGCAAUAUCCUGGUGUAUAAAUAUCAAUUGUAUGAAAGAGUUCUUUGUGUAUUAUUGGCCAAAUGUGUGAAUUCUAAGGGUAUCAAGUUUCACCGCCAUAUUGUCGGAUAGUAUCACGUUUCACCGCUAUAAUAUGGGAUAGUAUCAAGUUUUACCGCCAAAUUAUGGAAGAUUAUCAAAUUUUACCACCAUAUUAGUGGACAGUAAGAAGUUUUUCUACCAUAUAAUGGGAUAGUAUCAAAUGUCACCGCCAUAUUAUGGGAAAGUAUCAAGCUGUAUCGCCAUAUUAUGCGAUAGUAUCAAGUUUUACCACCAUAUCAUGGUAUUAUGGGAUAGUAUCAAUUACCUUUAACUUCAUAUAUUCCAAAUUAACGUUCUUAUGUUAAAAAUUGUUAUGUACUCUAGGGCCAUAUACAGUUCUUUAAGGGCCCCUCCAUAAAAAAAAAAGACACAAUGCUUUGGCAAUAUGUAUAAGAAGGCUGAACAAUUUAUCAAAUGUCAAUGCUAUCUGAUAAACAUUGAAUAAGCUAUCCCUAUCAAACAUUUUGGAAUAAGAAAAUAUAAGUAAGAAACAAAUGAAGGAUUUAUGUUUGAAUUAAAUGAGACGUAAUUUUUUGUAGGUGAACUAAAUGGGUCGUAAAUGAAAUCCUAUAUUUUCUAUGAUAAACGGAAUGAGCCAGAUAAAUAAUCACUAGACUGUUAAAGUUCAACAUUGUAUAUUAACUUUUUCUGUUAACCUAUAUAUAUGAUUAAAAAAAUCUGUGAAACACAACUUUACCAACUAAGAAUAUUCAUAUGAAAAGAAGUUUAAACGUCGUGAAAAUAUUCCUUACUUUUGAUAACAUAGGCAAACAGUAACAACGAAAUGUCAAGCUAACUUUCUUGUAUUCUUGUCUUUCAUUUUUGCUUAUGUACUUUGUCUAUAUGCCAUUUUGUUUUUUCUUUGUUAAAAUAGUUAUUUGUUUUUAUAGUGAUUUAGGUUAUAACACAAUGUUGACUACUGUACCCCAAUUUUUUACAUUUUUACCUAUUAUGUCUGUUUGUUUUGCUCACACAUUGUUGUCAAUAUAAUGGAAUUCUAUAUGACUGUAAUACAAGUGAGAGGUUUAGCUAGAUAUAAAAGCAGGUUUAAUCCACCAUUUUCUACAUACGAAAAUGCCUGUACCAAGUCAGGAAUAUGACAGUUGUUUUCAAUUCGUUUUAUGUGUUUGAGCUUUUGAAUUUGCCAUUUGAUAAGGGACUUUCCGUUUCGAAUUUUCCUUGGUGUUCGUUAUUUGUGUUAUUUUACUUUUUUCAAAACUGGAAAACAUAUCGACUGCUGAUCAACUUUUUUCACCAUCUCACAACUUAAAAUUUCGCAUUAAUUUAUUGUAUGAAUGGAACAAAAAUCUGCACAAUGAUGGUUUUUAAUAGGGCCCAUUUAAUUUUUACACUUUUUAUCUCACCUGGCCCAAAAGGACUAAGUGAGCUUUUCUCAUCACUUGGCGUCCGUCGUCCGUCGUUGUUCGUCGUCGUCGUCCGUUAACUUUUACAAAAAUCUUCUCCUCUGAAACUACUGGGCCAAAUAAAAUCAAACUUGGCCUAAAUCAUCCCUAGGUUAUCUAGUUUAAAAAAUAUAUCCAAUGACCCCGCCCAUCAACCAAUAUGGCCGCCAUAGAUAAAAAAAAGAACAUGGAGAUAAAAUGCAGUUUUUGUCUUAUAUCUCUGAAACUAAAGCAUUAAGAGCAAAUCUGACAUGGAAUUAACAAUGUUCAUCAGGUCAAGAUCUAUCUGCCCUGAAAUUUUCAGACGCAUCAGACAACCCGUUGUUGGGUUGCUGCCCCUGAAUUGGUAAUUUUAAGCACACUUUGCAGUUUUUUGUUAUUAUCUUGAAAAUUAUAUAGAUAGAGAUAAACUGUAAACAGCAAAAAUGUUCAGCAAAGUACGCUCAACAAAUAAGUCAAAUGAUCAAAAUUGUCAAUUGACCCAUUCAGGAGUUAUUGCCCUUUAAAGUCAAUUUUUCACAAUUUAUUUUCGUAAAUUUUUGUAAUCUUUUACAAAAAUCUUCUCGAAUUAAUCUACUGGGCGAAAUAGAAUUAGACUAAGCCACAAUUUUCAAUAGGGUAUCUUGAUUGAAAAAUGUAUCCGAUGACCCUUACAUCCAACCAACAUGGCCGCCAUGGCUAAAAAUAGAACAUAGGGGUUUACUAUAUAAGUCCAAGGGAAAAUUGUAAAAGAACAAUUUCAAAUGGUAACAACUUGAAAACUAAUCUAAAUAAUGAUAAGGGGUCUUCAGUAACCAUUGUAAGACUACAAUGGUAUGGCCUGCUUUAAAUUUAACUACUGGGCCGAAUUAAACCAAACUUGGCCUCAAUCAUUAUAAGGGUAUCUAAUACUAUUUAUUAUGAUUUUAACCUUAUUUUACAUAAUUUCCAAAACCACAGUAGAUACAGGUGAGCGACACAGGCUCUUGAGAGCCUCUAGUUUUUAAACUCUGGAUUUAAGAUCUUGACAUAUUCUAUGGACAUCUGUAUAUUUAUGAAGACUGCAUAUUGAUGUCUUUAAGGAACUUUUGUCGUUUUGCUUCAGUCUCAUUGAUGUACUAUGUGUCAUGCAACGUGUUUUAUUCAUAUCAAUUUAUGACACAUUUUGUUCCGUAUGGACGGAAGACUUUUUGUAAAUGGGUGUUUAUUUAGCACUGUUCUUACAUUUUGUCAAUGUAGACCUCAAAAAUAUCGUUUAAAUCAAAUCAGUAAAAUAAACUAUAUGAAUUGAUUCGCAGUUUAAACUUGUCUGUCAAAUUGGCGAAAACCUUAUUUAAAAAAAACCUCAAAUAACCCAAUAAGAUUGACGUGUAUACAUUGCGGUAAGAACCUUGAUACCUUUUAGAGAUUAGUAAAGUGAUGAUGAUGAUAACAGUAAACUCUAUGCAAAUAUUAGUGUUAUCAUUAUCCAUUGUACAAAUGAGGAGUGCAAAAGUUUGAAUAAAGUUACAAUUUUAUGAAUAAGUAU